CUACAUGGCCGUCAUGAACCGGUCCAUCUCGAGCGUGGAGGUGCUCAAGUCCGCCGCCUCCGUGCUCGCCAACCUCACGCGGUAUCGCGUCACGGGGCCCAAGAUCUACGCGCGUGAACACAUACCUCCACUUCUGAAGUACAUGUGGCGCUUCAGCACCAGCGAGGUUCAGUUGUUCCUCAUCCUGUCGACUUACCUGUGGCUGUUCUCCAAAUACGAUGGCGUAAGAGAGGACCUCACAGAGUACCUUCACACACCAGAGAACCACAAAAUGAUGGAGUCCAUCAAGCGCAACGUGGACCGUGUCAAGCGAAUGGCGAGCAAUGCCACCAAGCACAAGCCCAUCACGCCCGCGAAGUUCAACCCCUCCGCGAGUUUCUCCCACAACCCCAUCCUCCUGCCGGCUCUCGAGCCCGACUAUGGCAUCGCCAGGGUUGACCAUCAUCGGUACUUCGUCGACACUCGACAAGCCAUACAUUGCCUCUUCCGUACAUAUAAGCUUUAAUCUGUAUUAGAAAUAAUUAUGACAUUUAUCCUCGUGGGGCUCAAUGUGCAUUACAAUGUACAAUCUAAUUCAAACCUUUCAAAAACUACAUAAGGUAGCAUUUAUUGUUUCAUUGUGUUCUAAAACAAAUUAAAGUCGCCCUAAUCUACUAUACAACAAGGUUCAAAUUAAAAAUAGGGAAACUGUAUGGUGGGCCUUACGAGGUUAUGACGCAACAAA